AAGCCACAAGAGAUUCAUGGGACAAGGUGAAGAAGUCAAGACUCGAAGUGAACCUCAGCUUGAGAUUCUGGAGAGGGGGGAAAUAUAUUUCUUCUGUAGGCCAAAAGUCGACAAAGAAGAAGUCCACUCUCCUGACGAUGUUCAACGCUUGUGCGUUGUUCUACGGCCCGAGUCCGGAGAGCGAUCAAUCGAACAGAAACAGGACCCUCACUCUGGCAAGGAGGGUGUCAAAAGGACUUCCACUUCUACAACUACAAGUGGAAAGGAGGGUGGACAUGGUAGCCUGGAAGUGAACAUCCAAGAGGAGCCCUUGCUGCGAUUCAUUGUGAUGGGACGGAAAAGCCUUCCGGACCCAAGUAAGAGAAGCCAACCUUAUUGGGGUUUUGUAGACUUGGUCACCAAUAAGAUAGAUGAUAUGAAGAAUGCGCUUGGAGGAGAGGAAUAUGAUACUUCCACAAGAGGUCACCGACACAAGUAUCCGGCAAGAGCAGUGGGAGAAGGCGUUUAUCGCAUCCUAAGGCACAACCCGGGCAAGAGAAUGCACACUCAUUUGGUUUACAGGCUGGAGUUCCCACCAGAAGAUAAAGAAAAUGAGCCUCAAGAGUCGCUCAACAUUGAACGCCAAGCCUCAUUUAUCAUACAGAUAAAGAACCCGGAACAACGAGCAGGCAGUAGUUACCAAUUCAGAGGACUUGAAAACAAGCGCAAGGCCAUGUUUCCUGCACACCUGCAAGGCCAAUUUGGCCACAAAAGGUUCAUUCCGGCUGAUCCGCCGGACUUGUUGAACUAUGAGGAAUGCGAGUUCUUGCUGAUAUUGGCGUCGGAUGAUAUAGAAGAGGAACUGGGAUUGGAGCUGAAGACGGAAUGCGAAGCAGAUCCGUCGUGUUCUUAUUUAGUGAAGAUACAUGGAGAGAGUGCAGGCACCAGUGCCCUCUUCCAAGGCAGUUGGACUUGAAUAAAAAUGUGAAGCCAAAUUGUGUAUAUAUAUCUAAGCUAGAGUACCUAUGGUCAUGGAUGUAUAUAGCAAUGCUAGGAUUUACCCUUUUCUACUGACAUUUAUCCAUGGGAAUACUAGCAUGGGAUCCAGGUGGUUCACUUCUACUGACA